GAAGGAAAUAGCGCGCGAAACCUGAAAAAUAGUUCAAAAUUUUUGUGAGCUACAUUUAAAGCAUUUGCUGUGUUUUCUCUCGUUCUGUGUUUGUUAAUGCCCGAAUGCCUUGAUUUUGAUUUCACCCAGACAUUAACAAUGAUGGCAGUGGCAUCACUGGAAGAAAGUAUCAACAAGAGGGUGAGAAAGCGUACACAGGCUCCCAGGCCUCACUCUCUCGAUGAUACUUUAUGUCAAGAAUGUGGGCGUGGUGAUUGUGAAUCUGAAAUGCUUUUAUGCGAUAAAUGUGACAAAGGGUAUCACAUGUACUGCCUUCGCCCUGUCGUGGUUCGGAUCCCUGCAGAUUCUUGGUUCUGCCCGUCUUGUAAGAGGUCUCCAAUCAAAGAGUUUCCUCUAGUGCAAACUAAAAUCAUCGAUUUCUUUCGUAUCAGAAGAUCUCCAGGACCUUCAUCCAUUACAUCAGGGUACGAGACAUUUGACCUAAAACGGCGCUCUACGGCUGUGAUUGUGUCCAAGAAGAAGAGAAGAUUGCUGCCAUUUGUCCCAACUAAAGACCUAAAAAGAAGAUUGCAACAAAUGGGAUCGUUAGCUACUGCCCUUACUAGCUCAGGGGUGGAGUUCAGUAAUGAGCUCACAUAUAUGCCUGGCAUGGCUCCCAGAUCUGCCAAUCAAGCUGCUUUGGAGAAAGGUGGCAUGCAGAUUAUGCCUAGGGAAGACAAAGCUGCUCUGGAAUUUUGCCAGGCUAUGUAUAAAAGGGGGGAAUGGCCUCCAUUAAUGGUUGUUUAUGAUUCACUUGAAGGUUUUACAGUCGAGGCUGAUCACUUCAUAAAGGAUUUGACCAUAAUCACUGAAUAUGUGGGUGACGUGGAUCAUUUAAGAAACAGAGAGAAGGAUGAAGGAGAUAGUAUGAUGACCCUGCUUUAUACAAAAGACCAAUCUGAAACCCUGGUUAUUUGCCCUGAUAAGCGCAGCAAUAUAGCUAGGUUCAUCAAUGGCAUAAACAACUACACACCUGAGGGUAGAAAAAAGCAAAAUCUGAAAUGUGUGAGAUUUAAUGUGGAUGGGGAGGCCAGAGUUCUCCUAAUUGCAAUUAGAGAUAUUUCCAAGGGAGAGAGAUUGUAUUAUGAUUACAACGGUUAUGAGCAGGAGUAUCCAACACACCAUUUUGUUUGAAUAACUGUCUUAUGAUUCCCAGGCAAAAUAAGGCAUAGGAUGAAAGUGCUUCUAUGCCAGAGGCGUAGUCCAUUUUUUUUCUUCAGUUCUUUGGUAUUUAUAAAAUUGAUUGAUGGGCUAAAUUUGCUCAUUAUAGCGGCCUUUAUGAUCAAAAGAAGUCCGAAGUUCAUUUGUUUGUCUGGGUAAAUAUCUUGAAAUGUAACUCUUGAAUUUAUUAACACAGCAAUUAUUUCAAAGCUUGCUCAAAUUUUGGAAAUGCUGGCAAGUUCGGUUGAGCAU